CGCGUAUCUUAACUUUGAAGUACAUGCUUUAGUUUCUACCAAAAAAACGCAUAAAACGUAGAAUAAACGAAAAAACGUGCAGUACAUGUUUAUACGCAGAGCACAGUUUACAAAUAUAAGUUAUUUUUGUUCUGUCCAAAUAGCAUUAAAAUUUCAUUCGAGUUCAAAAUUACUAUCCAAAUUUUCAAAUAUGUAGUCAAUGAAAAUGGGCUCGUCGAAAGAUCGCAACUCGCUCCGCUCGAAGCUUUCGGUUAACACGAAAACAGCUUCCGAGAAGCACGACCCGAACCUCAGCCAUUCUUUCGUGUCCGACCGGAAAACACCAAUAAAGGCCGAGGAUGCCGUCAGCAUUCGUAGUGGCCGAAGCGCCCGAAGUGUCCACUCACGAGCGGGAAGACGGAGAAGACAUCGAACCAAAACCGAGACGACUCGCCCACCUACUUUGGUUUCGGAAAUCUUGAAAAAACGAACACCUUUUCAAAAAUUCGACCCGACUUUAAUAGCCGACGAACGUGAAAUUGAGCUGUUAGUUCACAAUGAGAAAGAACGAGGUCGUCUGCCGAACGAAACAGAUGAGCAUUUCUUAUUGGACGAAAAAAGAGCUCGGGCAUUACGUCAUUGGGAGUAUUUGCGACACGUCACAAAAGCUCUCGGAGCCAAUCGGAGGAUGUUAAUUCGGGUACAGAAAAAAAGACUUGAGGAACAACGAAGGGAGCUGGAGUUUGAAGAAGAAAAGCUGAAGAACAACUUGUCAAGUCUCUACAACAAUGGCAGCCCCAACAGUACACAACCUGAAGAUGGACUCAGACAAGGGAGCUCCGAAGUGAUCGAAGGUCACGAAAGUAAGGAGGAAAUUUCAAGCGGAGUUAUGGAAAAGCCGACAGGUGACUUAGCAGAAAAUGACGACGCAGAGAGUGUCGACUAUAAUGUCUAUUUUGACGAGGUCAAUUGGAGCCAUAGCGAAAAUAGGACCAGAUCUUUCGAACAUCGCCAAAAUAAAAACAACUCGCGCCAACAACAAUUGAACGAGUUGAGACAAACAAACAGUUUGAGCAACUUGAAAAAGGACAGCGAAUUUUGUCUCACAGAAAUACCUUCGGGGAAUGGAUCUCAGCUGAUCAGAUCCAGAAAAUUUGCAGGAAAAGAAACGUGGGAACUAGACAAGAUUCCUGAUGCAACUGUGGUUGACAAAAACUCCUUUGAUCAAGCAGAGGAAGAUGAUGAUGAUGAAAAUGAAGAGACAUUGAUCGAAUGCUACGAGGACACGGAAUACAAUUUGCAGAGUGCGCCUCUCGAAGACAAUCAGACUUCUACUUUGAAACAUCCCUCUAAGACAGCCUCGGCGUCAGUUACUUCUGGCUCUGUAGCUUCAGUUCCUAAAAGAAGCAUCUUUGCAGCACCCAGGUGGAACCCCAAAGACCCAGAAUCCCUGUCUCGAAUCCAUGCGGAGCUGAUGCGGAUGCCACUCGUUUAUACUGGAGUCGAACGUGGAGUGGACAUUCCCUCUGAUUUCGAACAGUCGAAGGUUCCAAACGCCAAUGAAAACCACUACGAGACAAUUGACGAAGGAGCGCUGCGUGGCAUUGAUAGUGAUGGUAAAAUAAGGAAGAAGUUUGCAUUUCACGCUCCUCCGACAGUGAAGUUGACGAUACCUCAUAAAGGAAAAGUUUCAUCUGAAGACAACAAAAAUGAAGAUGAGAACGAAGAAGAACAUGAAUCGUUUUUCGAGAUUAAAGAGGUUCCAUUUGACGCCGAGGGACAUGCCUACGCCGAGAAGGAGCUCCUCCUUCGUUCGACAGAAUCCGACGUGAUCGUCGAUUUGGCCGAAGAAUACGAGCGGAGGAAGAACUUCAUAAAGUGGAAGAAAGAACAGCUGCAUAAACUUGAACAGAAAGCUAUAAGGGAUAAAGCAGGGCGCAUAAGGUUCCAAAGCAGUGAUCAGGUGGCCCUUACAAUGUUCCAGCACAAGCGCGAGUUCCUAAACGGUUAUUCAGUGCUGCCGGAAAACUACACCGGCAAAGUGGUGUUGAACGUUAUCUACGGCAACAACUCGGUCGUGCCAGCCGAAGCACGCAUUGAGAAUGCCAAGCACCAGCUUUACGUUUCCGUCACCCACUUGUUCGAUUUUUCCCGGUUUGAGUUGUUGAACAAAAAGAAGCCAAGGAUAGCGUUUCUGCUUCGUCCGCUGGACAAAACGUUUCCGUACCCAAAAGGUGCCAACAAAUACCGAGAGGUGCAGCUCAACCGGAAGUCAGGGGAAGUCACGGGCGAGGGGGGUUACUGCACAUUCGAAGUGUGUGAUCACACUAUUAAAAAGAGAUGGCUGUUUAUUCGAGUAAAGGCCUACAAGGGAUUGGUCCCCAGCGAUUUCUUAGGCCAAGUGAAGAUCGAGUUCGACCAAUUCGAAAGAGCACAGGACAUCCAAAUUGUGGACAAGGAGGCUUAUUUGUAUGGCAAAUUCAGAAAGGUUGGAACUUUAGACGUGGAAAUGUACUAUAAGUUACAACAAGGAUGUCUCACAGUCACCGUGCAUUCGGCUAACAUCAUUCCUUCGUCAGAAAAUCCAGGCGACACAAGUGUGAAAUUGUACCACAGAUACAUGGGUAGACUGGUGGAGAAGAUGCGCUCAUCGGUCCAAAGAGAGACUUUCAUGCCAGUCUACGAGGAGACAUUCACUCUCAAGCUACCCAAGGGCAUGAUUGAAGAGUCAAUUCUUCAGUUUCGUCUGAUGAGCAAACCAGCAGUGACCUUUAUCAGAGACUCAAUAUUGGGAGAGGUCAAUUUAGCCCAGAGGACAAACUGUGACGAGUGGAAGACGUUCUUCUCAACAGCUCUAAUGAGUGAAAACCCAAAACCAAUCAGGGCUACUCUCCCUCUAAUGUAUUACAUGUAGAGAUGACCAAAAAUGGAAAGAAGUAUAUUUUUAGCCGUUAAAAAUACUCAAGUUUCAUUAAGUUGGCUUCCUUAUUGAUUUUUUCUGCUAUUUGGAAUUUCUCUGCAUUUAAAGAAGAUUUAUUAUAAUCAUUAUUAAAAUCAAGUUCACAGGCAGGGGCGGAUUUAGGGGGGGGGGGGGCGAAAGCCCCCUUCCUCCUCAGGGAUUCGACCCCCUGCCGACCCAAAGGGUCCCCCCUUUGAU